AUGUUAUCAGACAAAGUUCUCGCAAGCUAUGCAAUAUAUUUAGGAAUUCAUAUUGACAAUAGAAUGUGUGAUCACUCGAUCGAUAGUGAUCAUGCAAAUUCAUUCAAAGUUUGGGUUUAUGGGUAUCAAAAAAGCUUUGGGUCCUUG